UCAGUAGAGGACGCACUGGAUAGAACAGAUGGAGUGAGCGAAACUACCGAAAGGACCGGAGAGGCUUUAACAUUUGUUGUCGUUGUCAUUGAAUCGGUUCAACGUUACUCUCAGAGAAACGGGCUAUAAGUGAGCCUCAGUUCAGCACGGAUCAAAUAAGGUGUUUUUCUAUAUCAUCAGGUCUGUGGAUUACGCACGGAGGAGCUUCCGGGACAGAGAGAAGUUUUGAAGACGAUUGUUUUGUUGCACAGGAAUGCUAAGAAAGUGUGUUUUGUUACGUCUCCACGCGCACAAGCUGCUAUAUAACUAAAAAAUAUCAUUUGAGCCUCUAUGGAGUGAUUUCGCACUUUUUUACCAAUCGCGCAAAGUUUUAGUACUAGUGCUGAGAUAGACUGAAGUUAUUCAUGGAUUAGAAUAAACCGGGACUUUAACAAAACAUCAGAAGAAGAAGUAUAUUUCAAGAUAUAUGCUUUGGGGGAUGGCAGCUGCCACCUCGAGUCCAUACCUAGCCAGCAGCAGGAUUUUAUCCGGCCCGGUCCUUCACUCUGAUCGGAGGGGUGGCAUGCAGCCGGGCGGCACAGCUGUAACCACGGUGUCUAGUGGAUACAGAGGGGACCCUUCAGCAAAGAUGGUGCAGAGUGACUUCAUGCAGGGAACCAUGGUGGCGAGCAACGGGGGCCAUAUGUUAAGCCAUGCCCACCAGUGGGUGACAUCGUUGCCUCACGCAGCAGCCGCAGCAGCCGCGGCCGCGGUGGCAGCAGUCGAGGCCGGCUCUUCGUGGCCCCCCAGCUCCCAGCCGCAAGACGUGAAGAGAAACGCCGGCAGGGAGGACCUCCACUCAGGUUCCGCUCUGCACCACAGGUCCCCACAUCUGGGACCCCAUCAGGCGCACACGGGAAAUUGGGGAGGCUCCUCCGCAGCGCACAUCAGCAUCACCGAGGGGCAGCAGCAGCAGCAGCAGUCCCUCAUUUAUUCCCAGACCGGAGGGUUUACAGUCAACGGGAUGCUAAGCUCGCACGCGGGGCAGAGCCUUAUGCACCCGGGGCUGGUGCGAGGGGAGUCCCCGGAGCUGGACCACAGCAGCCACCAUCAUCACCAUCACCACCACCAUAACCACCACACGCAGCAUCACCAGAAUCACGGGGUGAGCCACGAACCGCAUUCAGACGAGGACACCCCGACGUCUGAUGACUUAGAGCAUUUCGCCAAACAGUUCAAACAGCGGCGGAUCAAGCUGGGUUUCACCCAGGCAGACGUGGGCUUAGCUUUGGGCACCCUAUACGGCAAUGUGUUCUCACAAACCACCAUCUGCAGGUUUGAAGCGCUCCAGCUCAGCUUUAAGAACAUGUGCAAGCUGAAGCCUCUGCUGAACAAAUGGCUGGAGGAGGCCGAUUCCACGACCGGGAGCCCGACCAGCAUCGAUAAAAUCGCCACCCAGGGCAGGAAGAGGAAAAAGCGCACAUCCAUCGAAGUGAGCGUAAAAGGCGCGUUGGAGAGCCACUUCCUCAAGUGUCCCAAACCAUCCGCGCAGGAGAUCAACUCUCUGGCGGACACUCUGCAGUUGGAGAAGGAGGUGGUCAGAGUCUGGUUCUGCAACCGCAGGCAGAAAGAGAAGCGCAUGACGCCGCCUGGACUGCCGCGCACCCCAGAGGACGCAUAUUCACAGGUGGGCAGCAUGGGUCCUGACACACCGUCACCCUCCAUUGACUGCAAGAGGAUGUACAGCGACACGUGAAAUAACUUGCUACAGAAUGCCGGACAAGAAAUCUGAAGAACGCGCGAAAGAAAGUGUUUGAAAACACGUUUAGAGAAAAUAUUUCAUGUUUCCCUAAAUGAUAGGAUUGAUCAACUUUUCUUACAGAUCCCCAUGUCCUUUGAUCCACAACAAUAAUGUUUUCCAGUGUGUGUUCAUUUCAGAGCAGGACAACUGUCUACUUUUAUGCAUCAUCGGAAUCAGCCUUUGGGACAGAAAAUAAAAAGCGUAAAUAAAAUCUGAACAGAAAAUAAUUCAUCGUCUAUUAAAGGCAAUGUUUGUUCACCAGAAGAGCAGCCAGAAAGAACAUUAAUCAAUUUGAUGCCAAGAAGUACAAACUGAAAACGUUUUUCUGUAUGACUGUAAUGUUAAAAAUGAAACGUUCCCUUGUUAUGCUGCAAAUGUUGAUGUCCCACAGGCUAGACAAGGCUGAAGCUUUUGUCUUUUUUAAAUGAAAGACAUUGAUAUAAUGCGCUUUAUUCAGCAUUAAGUUGUUUCAAUAAGCAAUAAUUUAUCUUCCUUCAAACGUGUUUCUCACUUUUGUGUUGUGUGUCAGUGGAUUUAUGUUGUGACACAGUUUAAGAUGGUCAAAGAAUGAUUCCAGUAUUGUGUUUGUUUUCCUUCAUAGGAAACUUCCUUUUUUUUAAAAAUAGAAAACAUUCCCUUAAGUUUAUGUGCAAGAACGUAUGCUGUGUAUUCUUGUGAUAAUUUUGGACUAUUUAUUUUUU